AUGGAAGAUACAUCCUACAGCAGCAACUUCACCGAAAAAGAAGGCUGCAUUUCCAAAGCCAAAACAAAUCCGAACUUCUUUGGAGGCUAUCCCACCUGUGAGGACAGUACCUCCUCUGAAGAUUCGACUUCUGAGGAUUCUUUCUGCUCCUUGCUCUCUCCUGUGCAAGAACCAUGGGUGACGGAAAGUGGAAGGAUGCCCAUGGGGAGACGAGAACAAACUCAUGACAACUCACAGCAGCUCUGCGAACUACCCAUCGUCCGGGUCCUGGACGUUUAUCUGGGCUCCCCCUAUGAAGACUCACCAGCUACAGUGGAUCUCCAUGGAGACAACCAGGCAGUGGACAAGCACCCACAAGGGAGGAGAAACCAGAGUGUCUGGGAACUGGAAGGUCUAAUGAGAUACCUUAAUGCCUAUCGAGAGAAUCUGAAAGAUGAUGAAGACGACGACACUGUGUGCUCUGAUUCUUCUCUGGAUGAGGAUCUCCAGUCAUCCACCAGUGCCUCUGUCUACAUGGAUCAGGAGAGUAGUCAAGAACAAGAGGAUGAGUGGGUCUUUUCCAAAUGGAGACCAUCACAAAAUGAAGACAUCAUCCCAUUUCCAGAUAUUUCACCCAGGCGAAUGCAAGAUGAACUUCUUGAGGUCAUAAGCCAGGAGACGAGCACUGAAGAUACCUUCUCAGUCUCAUCAGGGCAGUCAACCGAGGGGGACACGUCUUCCCACUCAAAAACCAUAUCCUGUCUGAAUCUCAGGUCCAUGGUGCGCUGGUUCAGGAAGAGGGUGGUCUCCUCCCGACGAAGGAGAAAGCGCCCUGACACAGCCGACAAGGACCCCAGUCUGCUGGAUCCAAAGAAACCUUCUUUCCUUAGAGGCCAGAGAAUCCAACCUCAGUAA